CCAUGUAACGGUUAGUUUCCACUUUUUCAAAUAAAAUACAAUUUUGGUGAAAGGAGAAAGAGGCUUUGAGGUUUGUUGACCGUUUCUGAGGCCCCAGCACGCUCUUCCUCUUUCUUUUUUUCUUUCUUUCUUCUUCUUCUUCUUCCCCUCAGUCAAUUACAUGUAUUUGAUGCCACCACUCUCACUCAUCGUCACCCUUCUACCCUUCUUCCAAACAUUCUUCCUCUGAAUGGGUUGCUUUUUUGGUUGUUUUGGUUCCUCCAAACACUCAAACAACAAGCGCAAGGUUCUUAGAAAUGGUAGUAGCAAUGGCAAGCAAGAGCAACCUACUGUCUCUUUGGUUCCGGAUUGCUCCAAAAAUGCCGUUAACCCUAUACCACAACUCCUGGAAAAAAGUGCGGAGCAACUGAGUGUAAGUAGCAGAAAGAAAGUGACAUUUGAUUCCAACGUGAAGACCUAUGAACCUUCCUUGGUGGAUGAAGUUGAAGAGAGGAAGAAUGAGGAUGUUGGAAAGGAGGAAGCUUUGGUUCAUCCAAAGUCAUCUUCCUCUGAAGAUAAUAGUUGUGUUUCUUCAACGGGGUCUUACCCACCCAACCAUAGGUACCAGAAUUGCCGGGACAGUGAGGACGAGGAGGAAGAGAUUGAUUAUGGGGACAGUGAUCUUAGUGAUGAGGAUGAUGAUGUCAUCAGAGAAGAGUGCAAAGAAUUGGGGCAGGACUUUGGAGAAGAUGGCACGGUAGCAACUAUUGCCGCUGAUCAUGUGUUUUCUGAAGAGGUUGAUGUGAAGUCAAUCGAGUCCAACCUCAAUGCCAGAGACAGAAGUGCUUAUGUUCAUCCUGUACUGAAACCAGUGGAGAAUCUCACUCAGUGGAAAGUUGUGAAGUCUAAGAAAACACCCUUAAGACCUCAGAAAGAAUAUGAGUUUGGGGAAGCUGUGGAAGAAUCACCUUUCAGCUUGAAAUCAGAAAGUGACACACCAAAGAAGUUGAACCAGGAGAUCCCUGUUGAUGCCAGCCUAUCAAAUUGGUUGGUCUCACCAGAGACUACACCUGUUAACAAGGCUGGCUCAGUGACUUUAUUUCCUGGUACCCCUGACAGGAGCACCCCACAAAGUCCAUAUUCUGUGUUAAGUCACGAAGAUAGGCCAAUAUUAGGUGCAUUGACAUUAGAAGAGAUCAAACAAUUUUCGGCUACUUCUUCUCCAAGGAAGUCACCUAGUAGGAGUCCAGAUGAAAUGCCUAUUAUUGGCACUGUUGGGACCUACUGGAAUUUUGCAGCCUCAUCGGAAGGUUCUGGCUCAGCUUCUUCCUUUAAAGGAAUUCCGAACUCGACAAGCAAGUACAGAGAGGAUAAGAGAGUGAAUUGGCACUCAACCCCUUUUGAGACAAGAUUAGAGAAAGCUUUGAAUAGAGGUGCUGCUUCUUAUGUUCCUCGUGUAUUUUAGACAAGCUUGCAAUAGUGUGUGGUUUGGGAAAGGGAGUAGUGAAUUGUGAAGGGAAUGUAUUUAUUUUAUUAUAAAUGUGAGAGUGUCAAGGGUUUACUUUUCCAUUAUAAUUUGUACUUGGCUUUAAUAUUCAUCAUGCUGUUCGCAACUCAAGUGCUGUUUAUAGCGAGUUAUAACAAUAAUGUCUGUGCAGUCUCUUGGUGAGAUCACGUUUUGUGUUUC